CCCAAAAGCUGUAGGGUUUGGUGGGUGUCUUGUACAUACCCCAAAUUGAAAUUUUCUCCAGAAAGAAAGGCGGAUAAGAUGGCCGAUCAAAUGGAGGUUGAAACAAAGUCCGGCGAGGGACCGGCUGCCGAGAACGGCGCCGGAAAGAGACACCGGGAGGAGGGAGGCGAGCAGGAGAAUGGUGAAAAUGGAGACUUCUUCAAGAAGACGAAGGUCCAGAACUCAGAGGAAGGGCAAAAAGUUGAAAUUUUGGAAGGAGACGCGAACGGUGACGGAGAGAAGAAGGAUGAUAAAUCCGGUCCGGUCACCGUCGGUCCCAAGACCUUCGGGUCAUCGGUUGAGAUGUUUGAUUAUUUCCAUAAGCUUCUUCAUACCUGGUCUACCAAUGUCAAUAUGAAUGAGUAUGAACACAGGGUGUUGCUUGAAUUGCUUAAUAAAGGCCAUGCAGAGUUCGCGAGAAAAAUUGGGGCUGGAGUCCGCGGAUUUCAAGUCCGUUUCCACCCAAAGUUUAAAAGCAGAUGCUACUUCAUUGUAAGGGAGGAUGGCUCUACUGAUGAUUUUAGCUUCAGAAAAUGUGUGGACAACAUACUGCCACUACCGGAAAACAUGGCAGUGAAAUCUGAUGUGAAUAAGGGUGGCCGUGGUCGUGGUGGUGGUGGUGGAAGACGGGGUGGGCGUGGCAGAGGAAAGUGGAGAAACUGAGUGGACCAAACAUGAUGAUCAACUUGUUUGAGUGUUCCCAUAUGUGAUGGUAGAUUCUUUUUUUACCAUUUACUUGCUUUUGAUGAUAAUUUUUGAACAACUUAAUAGUACUCUUAUGAUAGUGAUUUUUGAAUUCUAGUCAUUGUGUGCCUUUGUCUUUGAUUUUUCCUAUAUACCAUGCUUCUUUGGAGUAGUUCAUUUAUUAAGUAUCUCCAUUGAAUGUUAUGGACUGUAUCCAUGCACUUUGAUGGUUCACCCUGGCAAAUUUAGAUAAAGUUAUCUUUAUGUG